AUGAACAAAUUGCAGAAACCUUGCCCGAAUAUUUCCCGGUCAGGUGACAUAACUGCCUCCUCGGCCCGUUCUGGUGUCGUGACUGCCGAGCUGUUUGACGCCGAGACGCCAAACGAGUCAAGGACUCGAGAACUCAAGUCACUGCAACAAACCGCCCCAGUUAACAUCUCGUUGGCUCGUCUGUUGAACCAAGGCCCAUCCGGCCCCAAACAGAUAGAGCCUUCGGUAUUUAAACCUUUCAAACCGAAACGUGGAAACACUGGCAAAAAUAGGGGCAAAUAUGCCGAUCUGACCCCGUAUCAAUGGUACGGGGAGACGUCAGCCGCCCCGGUGACUUUCUACAGGAGCCAGGGGGGGUCCUUGUACCCGAUGGGCAUAGGCAUGGCUGGGCAGUUUGAGGCAAUAACAAGGGCUUUGGCCUAUGGUUAUCGGCUGUAA